CAGAUCUCAGGACCUGGAGGUGUGGGUGUGCAAGUAGGCAGUGGGCGGCUCCAACCUCUGGACACGCCCCCGGCACUCACACUCACAGCAGAUGUAGAGAAGGAGGUGCUAGAGAUUUCUCAUUGAUUGGCAGAGCCGUUCACUCGCCCAGUUCAAGGAAGAAUUUGUGUCUCGUGGAAGAGCUGUGGCAGGAGCAGUGUGGGGCUUACAUUCCACCAAGGUGAGGGUGGAAGGUGCCCUUGGACUCUGGCCCAUGGUAGUUGACACUCACCAACUACUACAAGAGGCUUUCCACCUUACUGCCUUUGGCUCCACCCAGUUGGUAUUGACAGUAGUGGAGAUAGGCCCACUUAACAUUCGACAGCUGUUACAAGUGAGUGACAGUGUGGUGAAGAUAUACUUGCAGCCUCUCCUGGAUCAUUCUGCAGUGACACUUGACAAAACUCUUGAAGUCACCCACGGCUCUCUUAAUGAUGUAUUUGUGGUAGUCAACAAUCUUGUGAAGGACAUUGUCCAAAACAUUGCUGAAGCUUAUGACCUGCUUGAAGAUGAGGUGAGUGAGGCAGUGGAGACACUGGAGGAAGUAGUCAGCAAGACUUUGAGACCCCCACUACUAUGUGUCCAGGCCACACUGAAUGCUCUUACCACCAAUGAUGACCAGAGCCUUUACACCCUAGCAUCACGGGUGAUGGGCGAGGUGCAGCUGCGUGUGGGGCGCCAUCAGGGCAUCUUUGGCUUCCUCCUGAACCAUCUUCUUACUGGAACUGAGAAGGUGCUGGUGCGGGCAGCACACUGGGACGAUCUUCGGGCCAAAGGCAGUGACCUCUUGCACCAUCUACGCAAAGUCACCACUCUUAGUGUUGUCAUGCCACACAACACUGCUUUAAAAAUCAGGGUGGCAACUCCACAGCGAAUGGGGUCAGACUUGCUGGCAACAGGAUGCUGGUUCAAGGAUGAAGAAGCCCCCCGGAUGCUGGCACAAAUUAGGUCAUGGCUACUGUCCUGCUGGUCCCGCCUCAAGUUCCUCCUCUCCUGGCAUAUACAUGGGGAAGCGGUGGUAUUUGGUUGGGAGCAAGCCAUCACCUGGGAUGGUCGUCAGGUGACUCCCCUACUGACUGACUCAUGCCAUCAUCUACUGGUGUUGCUGACACAUGUUAAUGAACCUACUGCCAUCACCAUUCACAUGGAGGACCUUAGCACACACCCUCGCCAGAUCCUCAGCUUCUUUAGUGGCACCAGUGUCGUUACUCUGGACUCAAACUUGAAGAUGACCUAUAACUUUAAGCACAUCCGACGACCAUUUUUGGAGGUAGGAGAGCUGAGUAUGAGAUGGUCAAGGAAUCGGGCAAGUGUAGCCACAGCUGCUGGCCUCAGCCUAGAAUGUGAGAGAGACCAAGACUUGUGUCGUUUGGCCAUCACUGGAGACCACUUUGCUGCCACUGCUGGCCUUCUUGGUGUCUUUGACUUUGACAACAACACUGAUUUUAUGACCAGUGGCUGGGAGAUACCAGCAACUGAGGAGGAGUGGGCCCAAAGCUGGCGGGUGUCAACAUCAGAGCAGUGCUCCUCCCAGUUACCAGAGUCUCACAUCCCAACAUCCCAUGGAAACCAAUGCACUGAUCUCUUUCAUGCUCCUGCUUCUCCCUUCAGGUCUUGCUUCAUAAGUGUGCCUGCCUCUCCUUAUCUGGAAAGCUGCCGGGCUGGCUGGGAGUGUGCUGCCGAGGCCGCCUACCUGCAUGCUUGCAGCCGCCACUACCAUACUCUUCACCCCAAUCUUACCUGUACAACAUGCUCCAUAGAGGGACAUGAAGAACAGGAAGAGGAAGGGACUGUGGGUCUGACACAUGAAGUAGUUGUGAUCACAGACUUCGAGUGCUUUGAUGACCUACAGGACCUUGUUUCUGCCUUUGUCAAGGACUACACCAGGUGAAUCUCAGAUUGAUCU